GUUUUCCCGCGCGCGCGUUUCAUACCUGGUUUGUUUACGUUGCGAGAGGCCUCGGACGGCCAGACGGACGCGGUCCCUUUUAGUUUGCCAAUUAUCGGAACUGGGAUGUUUGCCGCUCGUUAAUAGCCGGCGGAGGAUGUGAUAGCGGCGCAGCGUAAUAGGUGGAGAGAUAGAAUGAAUUCGUUCGUGAGCGUCGACAGGGAGGAGGACGAGUUCAGCCUCCAUGGCGACCCGACCAAGUCCGAGGAGGAUUCCUCCCAUGGCGGGGACUCGUGCUCCUCCUCGGCGGGAAGCGUCGUGCUGCUGCUGCCGAAGGAGAACGUCGUGGUGGAGGCGAGCGAGGACGAGGCGUCGCCGGAUGUGAUUCCUAUCACGGUGGACAACAUCCCCGUCUAUUUGUCGCGGUCGGCUGACGGGACGCCGCUCUUCAUCAGGUGUCGGCCGCCCACCAUGGAGGAGCUGCUGCUCACCAGCCCCGACGAGGCCACCCCGAGCUUCGACGGGUUCUCCGAGGCCAGCGGAAAAACCUUUGAGGGCUUCUCUGAGACCAGCGGCAGGACCUUCGAUGGGUUCUCCGAGGCCAGCGGCAGCACUUUCGAGGGGUUCUCAGAGGCCAGCAGGUGCAGCAGUGCGGGCAGUGCUUCCUUUGAGGGUUUUACUGAUGAGGUUGUUUGUUUCCGGGAUGAGGAUAGGACCAGUACCCCUUUUGAUACCAAAUCUGUCAAAAGAACAGAACAGUCAGGUGGGGCAUCAUGCCCUUCAUCACUGGGGAGUAGGAAAAGGAGCCACAGCCAGAUGAGGUGCUUGGAUGGUCCUUCAGGUGACAGAGUAGUGGUUCUGGGAAGUGAGAGCAUAGGAGUAAGGACAAGAAAGCGAUCUCGAGGUCUUGUAAAGGAGGAGGAGGAGGAGCAAGAGGAGAGCAGUGCAGUUGUAUCAAUUAAAAAGGAGUCUGAGAACAGAACUUUAAAUUCUCCAUUGGAAAAGGAUGUGAAUGUGGUGCAUGAAGAAACAGACCAAGAUGUAACCAAGCAAAAUAGAGUUAACUUGACUCAAGAUUCACCAAACAAACGCAAGAGAGGGAGACCAAGGCUAAAUUCAAAUAUGCAAAUUGAAGCUGGCACUGUGGAAAUCCUGUUUGAUGACUUCAUUGGCAAGUAUUGCAAUCGUGUUGGUUGUACCAUCAGUUGGCUAGAGAGCUUGCGUACAAUGUGCAUAACACCAAUAAAUGGAAUGGUAUAUGAGCUAAGUGAAUUUGCUAAUAAGAUUGCUUGGGAACAAGAUUAUAUUGCCGUAUGGCUCUUAAGACUGUGUGGAUGUACUGGUGCUAUACCAACAGCAGAAGAUCAUGCAAAAGUGCGCAUUAUAUUAAAGCGAAGAAAGGCACUUAUGGUUACAUUAGCUGGACAGAAAUUUGGAAGUGCAAAACUUCAGGAAUUUGAUGAAACAGAAUUUAUUUUGCCUUCAGUCAGUGAUGUCAAGUUGGAAAAUGUCAAUGAUGAACAGACUAAUGGAAAUUUGGUUAGUGAAGUUAGAAGAUCCAAGAGACAAAGAGUUGCAAAACCACUUGAAGAAGUUGAGGAAAUACGUGAGUAUUUAGGGGAUGAUGUUACUUGCAAGGAAGAAGAAAUUACAUUUCCCACAAACCUGGAGACUGUAGAAGUAAAGAUGGAACAAGAUGACAAAUCAUUAGUUGAUUCAAGUGUUAAUACUAUUCAUACACCAGGUAAUGAAUCUAUCCUUAAUUCAAGCCCAUAUACAUGUCAAACAUCAUCAGGGACUGAUGAAGCAUUAGGUGUAGACACAAGUGCAAGUCACGUAGGCAUAACAGAAGCUGGUGAGAAGAAGGUCACUGGCAGCAGCAAAUUCAAAGGAACACUUGGGGUUAGUAAGAGUGGCCGAGUGCGAAAACCUAGCGCCAAGGGAAGUGUUUCUAUAGAAUUUAAGUACUUGUUUAUGGAAAAGCAAGGCCCUUUUCCAGAAUCCUCUAACCCUAGUGUUAGUGCACCACAGAAAGAGAAUAAUGAUUUAAGGAAAUCUUACAAUAAAGGUAAUUUUACCCAUCCUACUGAAAAUGAGACUCCAACACAGAAAGAACGAACAAAGAAAUGUUUCAUUGGCCCAAGACACUUGAAUAAAUAUAUUGACAUGGAAAACAAGCGGGUGUCAUUUACUUUAGAGGAUGGCCGUGUGAUUCCCUGUUUCAAAGAAUUAGAUUAUAAUCUAGGUCCACGCUCCUGUGCAGUGGGACUCACAGUUGGCGAUCUUAACACAAAGGACAAGCUUGAUAUUAAGCUCAGCAAUGGAAUUGUCAAAGAGCUUUUUGAUUUCUAUAUUUCUCGUGGAUCAACACUAACUUCCUUGGUGUGCCGUCUCUUUUGGAUGCUUGGAGUUCCUCAUGAUCCUGGCAGAAUUUUGUCAACAACAUCAAAGAUAGGUAUAUUAGGUAGAACUCUUCAAGCAGAUCAUCCUAAGGCAAAUGAAAUAUUUUCUUUGCCAGAGAAAAUGCCAUACCGUAUCCAUAGGCCUUCAGUGAAGACUUUGCAAAAUAAGAUAAAAAAGAGUGGAAAAGUGUUAAAGAAAUACCAUAGCUCCAGAAGGAAAGCUUUACAUUCAAAACUGAAACAUUCUAAGUUAUUGAGUAAGAAAGAAGUUGAGAAGAGAUCACCCCAGGAAGAAGAACCAAGUAAAAUGAAAAUGAAAUGUGCAACACCCCUUAAUUCACCACAGUCAGAAGACCUUACUAUAGAGGAGGAAGUGAUAAAAACAAGAGGUAAGGAAGGUUCUAUAACAAGAGGAGAUAUUGUUUACUUGUAUACACAAUGGUUAAGGAAUAAGAAGAAAUUAGGAAGUAAUGUUUUUGUCACAGAUCUUCUGAAAAAUGUGGAGCAGCUUAUGGCAGAGAGAAAGGUUAAAUUAAUACGGGUGCCUGCAGGCACUCUGAUGUCUUCAUCUGUCAAAUUGUAUGAUGAAUACAAACAAAUGUGUAAUAUAAACAAGGAGGAUGCAAUGAUGUAUUUGGAGGAUGACUGGUUAGAAGACAUUCAGUACCUGUUGUCACAGUCACGGCCAGUUCGUAGGAGCACAGUUGAAGGUGAUAGUACAAGCUGUAAGACUGACCCUGAAGAUACUGGAUCUCACCAAAGUAUUGGGGGAGAUGUCAGUGAUUCAGAUAUUAGUGAGAGAAACUUGAUAAUUGAUGAGGGGUCUGACGAAGGAAAACUGCUGUUAGGCGCAAAGAAAUCGCGGGCUGUCAGUGAACUCCUGGCAUCAAGAGUAGUAGUUUCCAACAAAGUAAAAGCAGUAGUUGAAGAUCCAUCACAUGGCAGGAGAGAGGAAACAGUGUUAAGGAAAACAAGACUUAAAUCAUAUAAGAAAAGUUAUUAUGAAGAGUUUGUAUCAGAUUUUGAAGAUCUUGAUUCGGAGGAUGAAUUUGUAAAAGAGAAGUCAGUUGCCACCCAGAGUUCAAAAGGACAAAUAAAGAAGAUUAUAAGAUCUGAAAAUAAACCUAGCAUAAAAAUUGAAGGAAAUACAUUCACUUCCUCCAAGGAAGAAUAUGAGGUUGAGAAAAUUCUUGAUUUCCGCUAUAUCAGGGAUAAGGAAAAAGAGAGAUUACAGUAUCUUGUUCGAUGGUCUGGUUUUACCCAAGAUGAUGAUUCUUGGGUGGAUGAAAAUGACCUUGACUGUCCAAAAAUCCUAGAGGACUUUUGGGAUGCAGAAGACUUCUGUAAGAAGCCAGAUAAGUCAAAAGUGUGUGCCAAGAAAAGAGAAGAAAGUUUAUCUAGAUAUGAAGAUGAGAUAAAAACCCAUUAUACACCUUUAAGGAGGGGAGAAUCAGAUAAGGAAAAUGGUGGAGACAUUUUGGAGGUGUUGAUGCGCCACACUUCUGUGAAAAGACAUAUUGGCCGUCCAAGAGCAAGAAGAUUGUCUCAGUCACAUGUGUCAGUACAAGAGAUAUUAGAGUUAUAUAAUACUUGGAGAAGAGACAACCAAAAUGUUUUAAUGGCAGGUGGCUCAAACACUGUCAAUGUGGACACUCUUGUCAAAAGUGUAAAGAAACUAAUGGCAUCCAAAAACAUUACAAAUUUUCAUCCUGAAUCACUCUUGAAUGCUUGCUUUAUGAUGACUUUAAUCCGAACAAGGCUGAAGUCUGAGGAAGCAUUGAAGCAAUUCUUAGAUAGUAGCUGUGUGGAUGUAUUAGAGGCCAGUCACAAGCAGCAGCUAGCAAGUAGAGAGAAGCAUAAGUCACAGGAAGGAGUAUUAAAGAAAGUAAAUUCAGAUAAGAGUAUGACCAUUCAGAGCCUUCAGAAUGAAUUACAAGAAUUGCAGUGUAAUUUAAGUUUGGCAGAAGAAGCAAGAUGGGAUAGUAGAUGUGCUCUUACAGUGGUGGAAAGUGAAGUAGUGUGUUUAGAGAACAUUUGUAGGGGUGUCAAGAAGGAUAACACUGACAUUGUUUCAUGCUUGCAGCAUGAAUUAGACACACUUAGAGAAAAUAUAAGGAGCUCUGUAAUUAAAGGUUUCAAAGAAAAUGAAUUAUGUGAAGGGAAGCCAUCAAAAGUUUCAGAUACAACAAAAGCACAGUUAUUGGCAGAGAAAGCAGGAGGAGGUAAAACCUUAGACAAUGAAAUGGUGUUAACAGGAGCUGAAAAAGAACUGGCAAAGUUAGGAAUACCAGAUGAUGAAGUUCAUAAUGUGAUGGAAAUGGUUCUUCACAAGGUUGGUGGACGCAUGCUAAGAGCCCGCCCACAGAAAGUGGGAGUGGCAAAAUCUGUCUAGUGAUUUUAUUGGUAGAUGCUUGCAAGAAGCAAAGCAUUUGGACUGAAGUGAAUAUGCAGUUUUAUUUAUUUAUUUCCUUUUUUUUUUAUUGAUAAGACUGUUCUCAUUAUCCAGUUGAUAAGGAACAUCAACUUGUGAGAAGAAUAUUUUUUCAGGAAUUUUUGUGUCAUUGCUUUUAUUGUAAAAUGUGGCUAGAUAUUCAGAAGGAAAAGUUAUAGUUUAUAUUUACAAGUCUAAUUUUGUGAAACAUCAAGAAAACUACUUGAUUGGCACAUAAUUCAAAUAGCUCCUAUGGUUGCUGUGAUUAUGUAUGAAGAAAAAGAAAUGUAUAUACAUAUAUAUUUGUGCUUCAUUAUAUUUUAAUGACCUUCAAGUCAAAUGGUCACAGAUUGAUAAACAAGUUAUCAUUAAAGUACAAAUAGGUUUUAAGGAAAAUAUAUGGUGGAUAUAGAGAAAAGUAUUUGAAAGCAAAAUCUGGAUUAUUUGCAUUGUUGAGAGAAGAGGAAGUUCAUCACUCUAGGAAAAGUUCUGAGUGGAAGUCAUGGCAGCAUCACGCGAGCGCCGCAACAAUGCUGGGGCAAAGAUGUCCCAGCUACUGGACGAAGAAGAAGAAGACGAUUUUUACAAGACCACAUAUGGAGGGUUUAGUGAAGAAGCAGAUGAUGUGGACUACCAGUCAGAAGUUGAACAGGAUGAUGAGGUGGACUCUGACUUCAGCAUAGAUGAAAAUGACGAGCCAGUUUCUGAUCAAGAAGAAGAUAACAAGGAAGGCAAGAAGAAACGAGGCAGACUUAUAACCAAAGCAUAUAAGGAACCAAAACCAGUGUCAAAAGGACCAAGUGUAGUGAAGAUCAAAGAGAAGAAAUCCCCAAAGAAGCAGACUGUCUUUGACCCAGCAGCCUUAGAGAAAAAAGGGAUAAGAAAAUCAACCCAGUUAAAAUCUGCUGAGACAGUGAAACGUCAGAGAGAGAGAGCAGAAGUGGAGAGAAAACGAGCAAUGAGCAAAAGAGACAGGGCACCCAGCCUACCAAGAUUGACACAAGAAGAGUUGCUAGAGGAGGCCAAGAUAACGGAGGAAAUCAAUCUCAAGUCAUUAGAGAAAUAUGAAUUAGCGGAACUGGAUCGAAAGAAACCCAAAGUUGUUCGUCGAGGAUUUACAAGUUCAUUUAUCCGAUAUCAGUCCACUGCAAUGCCAUUGAUCCAAGAAAUAAAGUCUUCAGAAGAUGUAGAGAUGGAGGAACCAAAUGUAGAAGUUGACAUUACUCAAGACCAAAUAGGUACCAGUAUGGCACCUGCUUCUGUACUCGUGGAUAACAAGGAAAACACACUGACAAAACAAAAUUCAACUGAAAUAUGUGAAAGAACAUUUAUAACCUUCUCAGAUGAGGGGAGCUACAAGAGAGCUUUCAGAAAGUCCAAACCAAAAUCUGUACAGAAGAAUAUCUGUCCAAUCACUCGUUUUGCAGCAAGGUACUUUGAUCCUGUGACUCAGCUGCCAUAUGCAACCCUCCAAGCAUUUCGUGUCCUUCGGGAAGCGUAUUACCAACAACUAGAAGAUAAAGGAGACCGGAAUAAUAAGGAGGUUGCAAAAUGGCUGGCUUGGCGACGUGAGUACAAAAAGGUCCGUGCUUCAGCUCAAAGCAUCAAGCCUACUGUUACGACCCUCCAACAGUCAUCGGCUGCUGUCAGUUCUUCCAUUCGCACACCAACACCAAAUACACCAGUUCAGGGUACAACAAUUCCACAGACUGUAUCUUACAGUUCUACAGGCAAUGGGAUAUCAACACCUACUUCAGCAGUAACAUCAGUGGCUGCAGUAGCUCAGAUAUUAAGAUCAGCUGUGCCAGCUUCAACUGCACUUAUGGUAACUACAGCUACACCAAGUACACUACCUACAACCACUACAUCCCUUGGUACAAUUGCUGCUUCCUCAUUGCACCUUGGUGCCAGACCAAUUGCAUCUACUAUAUCUGCUUCACAACCAGGCGGGCUUGCUAGCCUUCAAGGGCAAACUGUUCAAUUGGUUCAAACUGUAGGCAGAGGAGUGAGCAGCACUGGCCGUCCCAGCCACCAAAUGGUAGUUGUAACUAGUGCUAGCGCCACUGGAGGAGUGCAGUUGGUCGGAAGUGGAACAGGUGCCAAUCUUCUGGUCCAAGGUGGCACAGGAGGAACUACCAAUCUUUUAGUUCAAGGGGGUACUUCAGCCAGUGUAGGGAACCUCCAGAUUGUGCAGGCUAGUGGAGGCAGUGGAGUUCAGGUUGUGCAGGCUAGUGGUGGAGGGAAUGUUCAAGUUGUGCAAGCCAGUGGUGGAGGCAACGUCCAGGUUGUGCAAGGAGGACGCUUCACUAUUCGACCUGUAGCAAGUCAGGCCUUCACUAAUCUACAAUCUCUUCUUAAGUAAAUGCAUUGCAGAAACAAAUUGUUUUUUUGUUAUUUUCCACCAAUGUUCAGAUUAUUAUACAGCAAAUACUGUUAUUGUUCUUUCACAUAUAAAUUAUAGAGCUUUGUUGGUUACACAGAAACGGUUUCUUCAAUAUUUCUGAGCACAUUUAUUUUCUUUCUUUUCCUUUUUUAUUUGUUAAACCCUUGUAGGACUGGGGAUAUCAAAGGUUUCCCCUAAUGUUAAGAACUAAUUAGCUAUGCUGAGGGUCUAGAAAGCCUCUCAUUCUCAAGUUUGUUACUGGAAUGACCAUAAUGUCAUAUAUUUAUAAUCAUGUAAAAUCUCAGGAAACUUUCAUUAAAUGGCAAUAAUUUCGUCUCUGUAUGUUGCCAAAGUGUCUGGUAAGAGAAUUUUAUUGGAUUAGAUAUAUAUAUGCUCUCUUUGAACCAAUUGACAAAAAUUACUUUUCAAAUAAAUGUUAAUCUUCAUCAGGGUGGGUUUUAGUAGACAAAUGAUGUAAGUGUAUGCAUUCUUACCUUUCAUAUUGUAAAGAAAAUAUGAAAUAAAUGCUCCUAAACAUUCCUAUGCCUAAUUGUAACCCACAGCAUUGAGUGAGAAAUUCACCAAAGUUUGUUUACAGUAAUUGAACUUUUUUAAGAUCUGCAAAAAGUUUUACUUGUUUUUUUGUUUUUGUUUUUCGUUUUCUUCUUUUUUCUUUCUUGUCUUAUGCUUAUUCAAGCCAAAAUUAUAGAUAAUUGCAAUUAUGACUUAAUAUUAGUAAAAAAGUCAACUUGGUUAAGAAGCAACCAUUGUGCUAUGCCACAUUAAUUGUAUUAUGAUUAAAGAAUUGGAACACACUGGAACAUUUGAAUGAGAGGAUCUUCCAUGAAUUUAGAGUUUUAAUAGCAAUAUAACAUUUUGUAUAUAAAUAAAAAACAAAAAAAAAUC